AUCUGAAAAAAAAAAAAAAAUUAGGGGUAGAGGGUUUAUGCAGUGUAGAGGGAGAGCGGUUAUGACAUAAGAAGAAGAACACAACACAACAGUGUGAGUGAGUGAGAGUUUCUAUCCUCACCGCCGUGUGUUUAACAAACCCUAACCUCACCGCCGUGCCGCUCUCUGAUCUGAAUUCUGAUCGCAGUAACAGAAGGAAGGAACAGAGCUUUGAUACAUAAGAAGAAGAAGAAGAAGAAGAACACUCUGUUGAUUCGAUUCGAGUAGUAGAAAGUUACGAACAACAACAAUGGUGUUUGAUGAUGAAGAUGUAACAAAACUGUACAAAAUCCGCAGAACAAUUCUACAAAUGUUAGCAGAUAGAAACUACAGUGUAUCAGACACAGAACUAUCCAUGUCGAGAAAAGAUUUCAAAUCCGAAUUCGGCGAACAUUUUAGGAGAGAACAACUAGAGAUUCAAAAAACACACAAAGAUGAUCCUUCUGAGAGAGUCUGUGUCUUCUUUUUUGAUGAAGCUAAACUCGGUGUUGGCGUCGUUAAAAGUAUUACUAAUCGUAUGGGCACAGAAAAUUUUACUAGAGGUAUUUUGGUUUGUCAGAAACCAUUCUCUCCUCAAGCAAAAACAGCUGUUGCUACAUUUAAUAACUUCAGCGCUUCUCGUCUUGAAGUCUUUCUGGAGGCUGAUCUGAUAGUGAACAUAACAAAGCACGAAAAGGUACCAGAACAUCAGGUUCUCACCAACGCCGAAAAGAAAGCCUUGCUCAAGAGAUACACUGUCAAGGAAGAGCAGCUACCUAAAAUCCUGAUUACUGAUCCUAUUGCGAGAUAUUACGGACUAAGUCGUGGGCAAGUUGUCAGGAUUAUCCGGCCAAGUGAGACUGCAGGCAGAUAUAUUACAUACCGAAUUGUUGGAUCUUGAGCUCAUGGACUACUACUUUAUUUUUGUUAUUUUGUUGGUUGAUAUUGUCAGUUAUUUAUAUUGAACUUUGUUUCUUUACAUUAAAGACCUAUAGAUUUUUUUUCUAAGUUGGUAACUUUUAUUUUA